UUAAACAUGGAAGCUGUAGUGUUCAACGGUGCCAACCUCACCCUAAAGUACGAGAGCAAAUACCCGCUCCCUAAGAUCGUCGAGGACAAUGACGUGAUCGUGAAAGUGCAUUAUGCAGGCAUAUGCGGCACUGAUCUGCACAUUAUUCAGGGCGAAUUCCCCGCACGUAAGGACCGUCCUCUCGCUAUGGGGCAUGAGUUCAGCGGCGUCAUUACCGAGGUCGGCAAGGCCACCCAAUUUAAAGUGGGACAGAAGGUCGUCGUGGAUCCUAACAGCGCAUGCCACAGGUGCGAUUUCUGCCGCAGCGGCAAAUACCAAUACUGUCUUACGGCUGGUAUUAAUAACACCAUCGGAAUCUGGCGAGAUGGCGGCUGGGCCGAGUACGUGCGGUGCCCGGACACGAACGUGUUCGCGCUGCCAGACGAAAUCACUACGGAACAAGGAGGUAUUUGCGAGCCCUAUUCGUGCGUCGCACACGGAUUUGACCGAGCUGCCCCACUGCAGAUCGGAGAGAAGAUCCUGGUGGUCGGAGCCGGCAUCAUUGGCAACCUGUGGGUGACAGCGCUCCAUCACCAGGGCCACAGGGAGGUCACGGUCUCAGAGAUGAACAAAUCCAGGCUGGAUAUCGUCAAGAAACUUAACACGGGAUACCGGCUCAUCUCCCCUGACGUGCUUGCCAAAGAAGACAAACUGUAUGAUGUCAUCGUCGAUUGCACAGGCGUCGGCAAGGUGAUGGAGAUGAACUUCAACCACCUAAACCACGGCGGUAAAUACGUGCUCUUCGGUUGCUGUCCACCCACACACCAAGCCACGAUUAACCCGUUCCAGAUCUACAACAAGGAAGUAACUGUUAUUGGGAUCAAGAUCAACCCGUUCACUUUCCCGAAGACCAUUGGGUGGCUCAAGGCCAUGGGAGAAAGAUACUUGAACUACGAAAACUUGGGUAUUAAGACCUACAAGUUGUCGGAGUACCAGAAGGCUCUGGAUGACAUGAAGGCUGGCACCAUCUCCAAGGCUCUGUUUAAACUGGUCAAGUAAAUGAUGAUGAGU